GCAGCCUAGCAGUGCGGACGGUGCGCUCGAGCAGUCAUGCUGUGUUCCGCGCGGUGUUCUUGCUUUCUCUGCCGUGAGCUCCAGUCCUGUCGUGCCGCCGACGCCCGCAAACCUCCAAACAAACAAAACAUGAGCGACAAUUUCAUACUUAAGAAAGCUGAGGCUUGGGAGCCUAUGAAAUUUAUAAGAGGAGCUGCCAGACUAUCAGUUCGACACUGGCAGAGUCGGGAACCACUCGCUCCCGGAAAACCUCGUUCUCCAACACACAAGUCUACAAGCUGUGAACAACUCUAUCCGCAACCCUCUGAAGAAGGAUCCUACGCUCUUCGAAAGGUUCCCAGUUCAGACAGAAUGAAGCAGACCGACAAUAAACCUUUAUUUAAACUUCUAGGAAAUUCGCGUUCCAAGAAAAUAAGUGAUAAUCCUGACCCUAAUGUACGACGAAGUGUUUUAAAUUUUAGGAAAAACGAACAAAAGAACUCAAAAAAUGUGCAUGAAAAGUACGUGCCCUUACAAAAAAAUUCAACAUCUCUUGAACACAUAUACAGUGAACCCAAGCUAUGGAAUUCGAAAUUAGAUGAAUGCUGCCGGCCACCUAUCUACCAGAGCGUUGAAAAAAAAAUUGCUGAUAAUAAAGGAGCAGAUAAAAAAUCAUUGAAUAAUCGCCCUCCUUGCUAUGACGAGUUAGCAAAGAAAUUGUCUGAUGAAAGAAAUAAAAAAGUCCCUGAAAAUGGACUGGCUAAUAAAAUUACACAAAAUAAUAACAAAGUUGUAAUUUACUUUGGCGAUUCUCUCAUUCGAAAACAUAAUGAAGAAAAAAAAGAAGAAAAAGCUCAAGAGCAAAAGGAAGAGGCUAUCUAUGCCAAUAGAAUAAUGGAUGAUAAGGACCAAUCGGGAAUAGGAAGAGAAGUGGAUAAGGGUGGAGGAACUCAGCUUAUAUCAGAAGUACAAGUUACAGAGGCUAUUUAUUCGGAAAUCAAGAAUGAACCAGCACCUGGACUGAUACCAAUCAACGAUGCAACGUACAAAAAAGAUGUCAAGGAGACCAUGAGUUCGGAUGGCUUUUUGAUAGUAGAGUUCGAAGGAAACUUCGAAAGGGCGCGUCAGUUAGUAGAAUUAGUGCAUGGUGGUGGUAGUGGAGUGGAGCAACAUGAAGCUACAAUGUUGGAUGACGAUGAGCAGUGUGACUGGAGUUUUAUCCAAAACUGGAGGAAACGGCCUUCAAGCGGCUGCCGGCCAGAAGAGGCGUGGUGCAGCGCGGGCGUGUCCGGAGCGCGAGCAUUGCGCGUGCGCGUUGCAGGAGCGGCUCCGGCGCACGCCCGCCGUCUCUCGCCGCCGCCGCAUGCGCAUCGGGCUACGACACCGCCACCGCCGCCGCCGAUUGAUCCGCCGGCUAAACCCAACCCUGAGGAUUCUCGGACGGAGGCUCCAGAGGCCCCAAGUGGGGCGCAGCUGAAGGCAAUAAGCGCGGUAUCCCCAGUGACGGCGGCUAGCACGCCCGUCAAAAGCGCCCCAGCCCUUAGCAGCUAUGCUCUAGAACGGCGCAAACACGACCGACCUGCUGAUACACCCCAACAGAAUGGAGUCCGCGAGUGUAACAGCAGUUCCGAUGAAAACAGAUCCUCCGGUCAUGCAUCUAUGUCCGACAGUGGUGGUGGUGGGGAAGCUGGUCGGGACGAGCCCAGAAGGUCGAGACAACCACCACAUGCAAGAACCAAGCAUAGACCGCAUAAUAAGUUACAGUCACCCUGGCCAGGAGGUGGUGGACUGGAAGACAUCCGGUCUGCUAUCAAACAGCUCACGCUGCGCUCAAGGGACAGCAGCAGCACCGCUACUAGUGGUGCUUCAAGUGGUGGAGGAGGAAGCAACAAUGCCCAAGAGACUGGCAGCGCGGCGGAGGCCAGAAGACGUCGGGCUCCGUUGGUACGACAGCCGUCACUGGACACGGUUUGCACCAACGUCACUAGCGCUGACGAAUUUGUCUGGGUCGACUCUCACAAUAGGCUAGUGGAGCUCCGCUGCGUCCCUUGGACGGCAGGCGAGGUCAGCCGGGCUCUGCAGACCGGCCGCUGUCGCGAAGCCGCCGCUAGGAUGGCGCCCGAUGCGCCGCCACGACUGGCUUACUUGUUGCAACGUGCCUUAGUCCGCAUAGCACGUGAAGCUCAGCGCCUCUCGCAGAACUUUGGCUUCUGCUCUAAGCACGAAGUCGCAGGAGCUUUCAGAAUCAUACUCAGUACCCCGUUAGCUGAUUCUUGCAUAAAGGGUUGUCAACGUGCAGCGACAAUGUACGCGACAUCAGGUAGUGCGGCAAGGCGCUUGGGAUCGGCUGCGCGUGCGCGUACUAGUCUCGCGCCAGGCCGCUUCCUUAGAUGGAUGCUUGACGUGCGCGUCGCUUCUUUUGUUCACGAGUAUGCAGCCAUAUAUCUUUGUGCGGGAAUGGAGACUCUGCUAGAAGAGAUAGCUCUGAUAGCAGGCAGUGGCGCUGCUGCUGCUCCUAUAACGCCUGCGGCCAUUGACCAUGCGGUGGCCAACUGCGCCGAUUUAUGGGGCCUUUUGCAACCCUACAGUCACUUAAACGCUGGCAGAGUAGCCUCAGGAGCUCUUUCUUUGUCGCGCUGGGAAUCAAUGAGCUCUUUAGGAUCCGGUUCCGGGGCAUCGUCAGGUGCUCCUCGGCCUGAGAACAGACAGUUGGGCAUGAGUCAUGAUUCUGGUAUCACCACCAAUGGAUCUGCUGGGUCCGGUACAUCAGGUUCCAACACGAGUACAUCAGAGUCAGCGGGCACCAACGGCUCCGCGGGGUCCGGGGCUUCAGUGCUGCUGACAACGUGUGCCGGAUCUGCGGGAGAACUCAGGGCCGUGUUGAGGCAGCUCAGUCCUAGACAUCCACCUCUGUCCCCCGCCGGGGAACGAGCCCUGUAUUACUUUAUGAGAUGUUCUCAGUUGGAGCACAGCACUAGUGGGGCAUCAGCAGGAGCUGGAGCGUGUGGGGGUGCAGGAGGCCUGUGGGGCGAAAGGGGCGCAGGGGCGUUGCCACCUUUGGGUGAAUGGGUGCGGGUAGCGCGUGCACACGCUGCCUUACGACCACCUCCUGCAGUACCAGACGCCGACGACGUGUUGCAGGCAGCUCGGUUGCUACUGCCGCACGCUGACUGCCCACCCAGACCCAUCACCAUGGAAGAAGCGAUAGAACCGGCUUGGUCGCGCUGUACGCGGUCUACGGAUGAAGUGAGUCGAGCAGCCUUGGGCCUGGCGCAGAGAGCCUUGUUGAGUGGUAGAGCGGAGUUUCUCAGCGGAGUCAGAGCUUUGCUGCCCCCUGCGGGGAUCGACGCCACAGACGCUUCGGGGCUCACUGCGCUUAUGAAGGCUGCCUUGGCAGGAGAUGAACAAGUUGUUGCGAUGCUGUUAGAAGCAGGGGCAGACCCAAACAUCGAAACAGGAGGCUUAGCAGCUCAGCACAAUGCACUGCUGUCGCCUUCUCGCUCGCCCAAUCAUCCUCACUCUUCUCACCUCAACAACUCCCUCGCCAACACUUAUACUCCGCCCUCUGCGGGUUGGACAGCCCUAGUAUACGCAUGCAGUGGCGCAGGCGCAGGUGGGUCGGGAGCGGUGGAGGCCGCUCGAAGACUGCUCGCUGCCGGCGCACGAGUCGACGGCGCACCCGCCAGAGGGGAGGAUGUCUGUACGCUAACACCUUUGCAGGUGGCUUGCGGCGUGGGCAACCUCGAGCUAGUGCAGUUGUUGCUAUCGCACGGAGCCGACCCCUUCUUGUCCACGCAACUCACCGACGCUCUCUGUUACUCGGCGGCUGCUCAGUAUGGCUGCUACAGCGCGGUAGCCGUAUGUUGCACUCACGGGCGUCGGGCGUGCCUUCGAGCCGCAGUUCGAGGGGGCGGAGGCCGAGCUGUUCUCUCUUUAGAAGAAGUACUCGCGGAAGGGGCUCCGCCUGCCGCUGGCCGGCCUCCACCCUUCACGAAGCAGCAGCAGCGAGCUUUGCAAGAUGCCAUGUACUGCGCCGCUGAAACCGACCAUCUUGAUAUAACUCUGGAGCUGCGAGCUCUCGGAGUUCCGUGGUCCCUUCAUGCCUGGACGCUGUCCUUGGCUGCUGCAGCAGAGGCCUCUCUUGACCACGUCAUCGACCAACUCCUACAAGAUUUCUUACAGGUGUGUCCGAGUGACGACAGCCACUACAGCAAGCAGUUCAUCUACGAGUGUCUUCCCCUGCUUUUCAAUAUUUUAAGAUACAGCAAGAAGGAAGGCACAGUCCUCCUGCUGGCGGACAUCUUGUGCGCGUGUUACGGCUGGGAAGCGGUGCCGGGCGUGCGUGAACCUCCCCCCGCCACGGCUGCGCCCGCGCGAGUAGACGUCUCCUACGUCAACAACCCCUCGCUGGCUGACGUCACUUUCAGAGUGGAAGGUCGUUUGUUCUACGGACACAAGAUAGUGUUGGUGUCGGAAUCGCCUCGGCUGCGUUCCAUGUUGGCCCCGGCUCGGAACUCCGCGGAAGCCCUUCCACCGGCCAACACUACGCCACCACUCGUGCAGAUCAAUGAUAUACGAUAUCAUAUAUUUGAGCAAGUAAUGAAAUACCUAUACUCCGGUGGUUGUUCCAACCUGGAUAUCCCAGAAAGUGACGUUCUGGAAGUGCUGGCUGCUGCAUCUUUCUUCCAGCUCUUACCGCUUCAGAGGCACUGCGAAGCGCGCGCCGCCAAGUCUGUCGACCUGCAUAAUCUGGUGUCCGUCUAUAUCCAUGCUAAGGUAUAUGGCGCUACUCAACUGCUAGAGUACUGCCAAGGAUUCCUGCUCCAAAACAUGGUAGCUUUACUCACAUAUGACGACUCUGUGAAGCGUCUUCUGUUCGGCAAGCGCUUACCGGGUCACAACGUCCUCGGAGCCCUGCUCAUCACGCUGCAGAAGAGAAUUGAAUCCCGAAAGAACCAGGCAAAGGCCAGAUAGGCAAGGAGUCGCAUUUCUAUGAUACGGUUUUUGCAGAUGCGUGGUUCACGUUCUAUAGGUUUCAACUUCCGUAGGAUGAACCUUCACAACGGUGAAAGAUAUCUUUAGAUUUUAGCGUAUUUAUAUUUCAGAUAUUUUCUUAACGAGGUUUAAGGCGAUGUUUAAAUUCAUUUCGGAAUGCUUUACUGUCUCGAGAAAAGAUAUUCGACAUCUUAUUGCGUCUGAUGAGAAUAUGUUUUUUGUUAUGAUGAGAGUCUGUAAUUUUUGUUUUUUUUAUUAAAUGUUUUAUAAUUAAAUAAAUGUUAAUGAAUAUAAAAAUAUAAUAUCAAUCACAAAAAUAUCGAAACAUAUAAAUUCAAAUACAUUGAGAUAAAACUAUGUAAUUAAUCUGUUUGUGUAUAUAAUAUACUAGUUAUAGAAAAAUGUUAAAGAAAUAAAAAUUUGUAUUAACUUUCACCAUUUAAUGUAAAUAUUCUAUAUAGUGUUACCCGCUAAGAAAACUUUAAUGAUAUGUCGCAGCACAAAGAUUUAAAUGCAUUAUAUUUUUAGAUAGUUUUAGACCUAUUCUAGUACACGUUACUUAAAAAAUAACAUGACACGCCUAAUAAUUCCAAAUUGUCACGGUAUUCCCUAAAUAAAGGUAACGCCUGUAACAUUUUUAGAUCAUUUAUAAUUUAUAAAAAAUAUCAAAUGUAAGAGAUAGAUAAAUUAAAACAAUCAUGAGGAAUUCUUAAAGUAUUCAGUUUGUAUGUCAUACUAAUAUUUUCCAAUGUUUUACUUGCACGUGAUACAAUUAAAUAUUAAAAAAAAUGAAACGGUAGCCUACAAAAAGUUAAUAAUAAAAGUGGAUUAAUUGCCCAUUAUGUUUGGUUUAAUCUUUAAAAAGAGUAUUUGACGUUAUUUCAUAUAUUGUAAUUAUUAUUAUUGUUAAAUAAAGAUUUGAACUGAUGAAAUAUGAUUUCCCAUAGUAACCAAGUGUUCUAGGUACGUUCGUAUACUUUCAAUAAAUAUGAUUAAAACAUAUAAAUAAAAAAGCUCUAUCAAAAAGGAAUUGCCAUGAUGUUCUUAAUUAAUUACUCUAAUAGAAGCGGUCUGAUUCUAUAUAUUACGAUGCUGCCUUUCUACGAUAUAUCCAGGGCUUGAGACAAAAUCAAUUUACGACAGGAGUGACCCUUCCAGCUACCUACUACCAGCAAAGGAAUUUGUAUGAGAAUGACAUUAACUUAAGCUUGUCACGUGAUGUAUUUACAUGGAUGUUCCAUACAAAUUCAUUUGGCGUUAGUAGAUCACGCCUAUCGCUUGACAGAUAAUAAAGUUUAUAUAUUUA